AUGGGCGAUAUCCCAAACUCACAGGGCAACCUUCCCUGUGGGUACGGCGGCAGGGUCCGGUGCCUGCACCACCCGAGAGUUGGAAACGUGUGGUGGGAGCACACGGCUAAUAGCCGUCAAGAGAAGGCUCGUUGGGCUGGCUACCCGGCGGGCACAUUACCCGGCGCCCCGAUCACGCGAUCACAGGCCUCGGUGAGAGGGGGGUACGGUUCCGCUUCCCACUCGAAGUUAAUGUCAACUCCUCAGGGAACCACUGGUGACGACCCGGCAGAUCAGGAUUCGAAUAACGGACCUCGAACUGAUCCUCCCGCAAAUCUCGAAUUAUUUGGCGAAUUCGAGGGAGGCAACUUUUUGAUUAAAGUUCCAUUUCGCGACGCCUCAUGUAGUGUCUGUCUCAACACUACACGCGGGAACUUCAUGGCGCUUAACAUUAAUGACGCCAUAAGGCAUGCUAAGGACUACCACAGGUCACAUACCCCCACAUUUAAAUGUAGGGACUGCCACAAGGGGUAUGAGUCCAAGCAUGCAGCUCUAUGCCACGUGCCGAAAUGCACGGGUCCGAAAGUACCACCACCUAAUGCAGUCAGGUGUGAACAUUGUCAAUGGUACUUUAGAUGUCGCAUGGGGCUUCAUGCUUCACAGCACGAGAGAACGGCUCAUCCCCAAAUAAGAAAUGAAGCCAGAGCAAGAACCUCCGGAGUCGAUAGGCAGCAGGCUCCGAGCCAGGGAGGCUUCACGGUGGAGGAAGUCAACCUCAUGCUGGAAUUGGAGCGGAGGUUCUAUGGGGACUCUCGUGUUUCCAAAAAGAUGGAGGGUUUUUUGAACAGAACCGCUAAGCAGCUAAGGGACAAGCGGGCUCUGUCCUCUUACAAAGCUUUGCGGGAUGCGUAUCUGCGCGACUAUCCGCCGCAGAACGCACCCUCGAGCCACCCUCGUACGGAAAGUGAGGGUAACACUACCGACCAGGAAGGUAUCGUUGAGCGAUCCGAACCUGCUACCCCUCAGGGGAUACUAGAGCAUGCUCUGGCUCACGAGAUACCUCAAAACGCCACCCCAGGCAAGUCUGCAGAAGCGGUCCAACUUCUGCGGGACGCCCUCCAAUUAGCCUCGGAGCCUGACUAUGAGUUUUCACAAGCUCAAGUCGACCUCCUCUACCAGAAGGCUACUUCACACUUCCGCCCAACCGAAGGUGAAGCUGGGGGUAAAAUCCGUCCCAGAGUUCGGGGCAAGGGACGCAGCAAAAAGCGUUUCUUGUACGCCUGGACUCAAGAACUCUAUAAGAAAAAUCCAGGUGAGGUGGCCAAAUUAGUCCGCCAAGGAGUGGACUGGGUAGAAGGUUACCAGCAGCCUUCUCUAGUGGACGUGAAGGAGCUUCACUCUAAGCUCUGGGGGAAAACACCGCCGUGUGCGGGGUUGCCUGCGGGCAGAAGUGAGGCCCAGAUACCAGCCUCACAAGCUCUUUCCCCCUUCACAGUGAGCGAGAUUCGGAAACGAAUCUCAAGCAUGAAACAGUCCACUGCCCCCGGAAUUGACGGCAUAAGGCGUGCAGCCGCCUUGAGGAAGGGCAACAUAGAAGUGCUCCACUUGCUGUACAAUCAGUUGCUGCUUACUGGGAAGCUGCCAACAGAGUGGAGUAUGAACCGGACCACACUGCUUCCCAAAGAAGGAAAGGACCUCACAAAGGCAGAAAAUUAUAGACCGAUUACAAUAGCGUCCUUGUUGAGCAGAGCGUUUUGGUGA